CACCUGGCCUUUAUACGCCAUCAUCAUAAUCUUUAUUUGAAUAAUAACUUACAUUAUAAUCAUCCAUUUUAUUUGAGAUAUAUUUGUCAAAAAUGCAUAUACGUGGACAAACCAACACGUGCUUUCAAGUAUGUGGUUAAUGGGAUCAGAAGAAAUGAAAUAAAUGCUUUCAUCGGUGCCCCACAGACGUGCCAGAUCUUGCUGGAGUUCGAAAGCUUCAAUCUUAUGGGCCCAGUGAACGGCGACUGUAACAACGACACUUUCAUUGUCAUGGGAGCCAACGCCGGCAGUCGAAUCCCAGUCAUCUGCGGCGCCAAUACAGGACAGCACAUGUACAUUGACGUUGACCAGUCAAACGGUCCCUACAAGAUGAUGGUCACGUCCUCCGCACUGGCUUAUCCUAGAAGCUGGAAAAUCAAGGUAACCUUCUUAGACGAGAAUGACCCCUGCAAGGCCCCGCCUCGCUGCCUGCAGUACUUUAAGGAGACAUCAGGCGCCAUCACCUCAUUCAACUUCGGCCCUGAACCAAUGAUGCUCACGAAUCAGGAAUAUUGCAUUUGCUUCGGCUACAAUCCCGGCUUUUGCGACAUCGGCAUGAACUUCAACAGGCUGGAUCUUGGCAACAUUAACGGUAAUUGCGGUAACGACUACCUGGCCCCGUCGGAGCUG